CGGUUGUGCCCCUGUCGACCGGCUGGAGGACGUUGGAGUCACAGUGAUACAGGAGCGGCUCUGAGGAUCCAUUUUAUUUUGAUUUGUAAAGACACACAAACAGAACACAGCAGACAUGUUGUCCCGCAUCGUCAGACCUUCCGCCAGCAUCGUGCGCUGUUUAUCUACAACUUCUCAGAAUAAUGCAAAGGUGGCGGUUCUGGGAGCAUCAGGUGGAAUCGGACAGCCACUUUCCCUCCUACUGAAGAACAGUCCUCUGGUGAGCGAGUUGUCCUUGUACGAUAUCGCUCACACUCCCGGAGUCGCUGCAGAUCUCAGCCACAUCGAGACCAGAGCAAAGGUCACGGGUUAUAUUGGAGCUGAUCAGCUGGGUGCGGCUCUAAAGGGAUGUGAAGUGGUGGUUAUUCCUGCCGGAGUUCCCCGUAAACCUGGUAUGACGCGUGAUGAUCUGUUUAACACAAACGCCACUAUCGUGGCCACUCUGGCUGAUGCGUGUGCCCGUAACUGCCCUGAGGCCAUGAUCUGCGUCAUUGCUAAUCCUGUGAACUCCACCAUCCCCAUCACUGCAGAGGUGUUGAAGAAGCAUGGUGUUUACAACCCUAACAGAGUGUUUGGAGUCACAACGCUGGACAUCGUCAGAGCAAACACAUUCGUUGCUGAGCUCAAAGGUCUCGAUCCAGCUCGUGUCAAUGUGCCUGUUAUUGGAGGACAUGCUGGAAAAACCAUCAUCCCUCUGAUUUCACAGUGCACUCCGAAGGUGGAGUUUCCCACCGAUCAGCUUUCCGCUUUGACCGAGAGAAUUCAGGAGGCAGGAACUGAGGUGGUGAAGGCCAAAGCUGGAGCAGGUUCUGCCACGCUGUCGAUGGCCUAUGCUGGAGCUCGCUUUACUUUCUCUCUCCUUGAUGCCAUGAACGGGAAAGAGGGAGUGGUGGAGUGUGCAUUUGUGCGAUCAGAGGAGACUGAAUGCAAAUACUUCUCCACACCUCUUCUGCUCGGGAAAAACGGCAUUGAGAAGAACCUGGGUCUGGGGAAGAUCUCUGCAUUUGAGGAGAAGCUUGUGUCGUCUGCUCUGGCUGAGCUAAAAGGUUCUAUCAAGAAAGGAGAAGAUUUUGCGACCAACUUCAAGUUGUGAGCCUCUGAUCCAUGACUCCAUACACCAAACAUGUUUAUUUAUAAAAAUCAAGUCUAAAAUUCUCACACGAUAUCUGAUUUUUCUCAUGACUGAAAUGCUGCGACUCAGAUGAUCAAUAAACAGUCGGCUUCUCCCACUUCA